GGAGCAGAGCAGUGCUAAUGUCAGGAAACAUACGUGGAUCGAUUGGACCGCAUUCAGAGAUAACAGAAAUCAGGAGGCGGAAGAAGAGACCGAAAUUGAUGACAUCGAAACAUGGACCAACAAGAUCAUUCAAGACGUUCAAAACUCAACCAAGAACAUAGAAACAGACCUCGAAACGAACACAAUGGACAGCCGACUGGCACACCUCAUCGAGGCCAAGCAGUCCAUACUCAACAGAUGGAAAAAGCUACGCCUCAAUCGUAGGCUACGGAAAAAAGUCGCAGAACUUAACAGGACAAUCGAGGAAUACUGUCGCACGCUAUGCGCCCAACAAUGGGACGAGAUAUGCAACGCCGCCGACGGACAGAUGCAUAACGGGAAAACGUGGAACUUGCUUAGGCAUCUGCUCGACAAAACUAAGACUAAGUCACACCAAAGAGACCGACUGGCGAAACUCAUCCAUCGAGAGGUCACUAAACACGGAGCCGAGCAUGUGACGAAGCGCAUCAGCGACAGAUACCUGCCGACUACUCCAACGGAGUGCCACGGGCCGUACGGGGGGCUACGCAACGAGCGUCUUGACAGAGACAUAGACGUAGAGGAGGUUCGCACGGCGCUGCAAGACCUCAACAGCAAGUCGGCGGCCGGACCGGACCGCAUCACCAACAAAGCACUCAAGAACCUCGACGACAAAUCCAUCGAAAGUCUCACGAGCUACUACAACAAAUGCUGGAAAACGGGAACGCUGCCGACGCAGUGGAAGAAGGCCAAGACUAUCCUGAUCCCCAAGCCGGGCAAGCCACCAGACACCGACAACCUCCGACCCAUAUCGCUCACGUCUUGCAUGGGCAAGGUGCUGGAGCACGUCCUGCUCAAGAGGUGGCAGGAAUACCUCGAGAAAGAGGACCUCUACCCGGAAACGAUCAUCGGCUUCAGGCAGCACCUCAGUACCCAAGACGCAAUGAUUCAACUCAAGCACCAGAUCAUCGACGGCAACACCAGCGACAACAAAGCGAUAUUGGGACUCGAUCUGCAGAGCGCCUUCGACAAGAACUGCCGAGCUCAGAGCGGGGGAUCUCCAAGCGCAAGAGAAGAAGCUGGGAAGCACAGGCACACCUCAAGGAUCAGUCAUCUCGCCGAUGCUUUUCAACCUGGUGAUGAUAGGAGUGGCCGAAAGGCUCGGAAACAUCAAGGAAGUUCGACACACGAUAUACGCGGACGACAUAACGCUGUGGGUGGAAGGGGGCAGCGAUGCCCACAUCGAAUCCACUCUACAGGCGGCUGUCGACGCGAUCGAAGACCACCUUGACGGAACGGGGCUCAGGUGCUCGCCGAGCAAGUCGGAGCUCCUUGUAUACCCGCCCGUCAAGCACCGCAAACCCAAGAGCAGCCCGAGAAACUACGAGGCAAUCAAAGUGAAGAGCAGAGAAGGAAACGAGAUCCCAAGAGUCACCAAGAUCAGAAUCUUAGGAAUGACGAUCGAGACGCACGGCAGAAACGGUGACACUGUCACCCGGCUCAUAGCGAAAGCGGCAAACGCCACGAGACUACUCAAGCGAGUCACGACCAAGAAAAGUGGAAUGAGGGAAGAGAGCCUGAUCAGACUCAUCCACUCGUUUGUCAUAUGCCACGUAGCGUACGUGGCGGCCUACCACAAGUGGAAGAAGAGCGAGAGAAACAAGAUAAAUAUACUCAUCCGUAGGGCCUUCAAGACGGCAAUGGGACUGUUCGAAACAACGAGCACCAACCGCCUCCUGCAGCUGGGGGUGCACAAUACGCUAGAGGAGAUAGCGGAAGCCCAACGCAACGCUCAACUCGAAAGACUAUCUACGACCAAGGCCGGCCGGAAAAUCCUGGACAACCUGGGAGUUGGCUACCAAGGCAGGGAGCGGACGCAGCUCCCCAUCCCCGAUGAGAUCAGGAACAACAUCAGAGUGGACUCUAUACCGAGGAACAUGCACCCGGAGUAUAACAAAGGGAGGAGAGCGGCGAGAGCCAGGGCCCUGAUAGAUCAGCACGCGGCCGACGGACACGCACGCUACGUGGACGCGGCUGAAUACGCCAAGCUACACGGUUUCACGACAGUUGUCGUCGACGCGACCGGCACCGUUCGCACGACCGCCAGCACGAGAUGCACCAAGGCAGAACAAGCGGAGGAGGUAGCCAUCGCCCUGGCCAUCGCCGACCGCGACUGCCACACGGUGCUGUGUGACUCGAGGCAGGCAGUGAGGAAUUAUGCCAAAAGCAUGAUAUCGAAGGAAGCGGUGCGCAUACUGCAGUCAACCAAGAACGACGGCGGCAGCAAACAAGUGAGAAUCAAAUGGUUCCCCGCGCACGCGGGCGAGGCGUCGGAUCGAAACGCCAACCACAACGAGACAGCACAUGCCGAGGCGCGCGCGCUAACGGACCGCGCCUCGACCGACUGGCCGCUGUGGUUCAGCACCAAGGACCGAAUGACCGACUACAACGAGAUAACCAAGGCUUUCCGCCUAGCUCGCAGAACUCUCCCACCACCUUGCUCGGGGCUCAGUCGAGAACAAGCCGUUUUAUUUAGACAGCUGCAGACGGGCUCACUCCCCAGCCCGUUGCUGAUGCAUAGAAUGUAUCCCGAGGCGCACCCGACAGACAAGUGCAGAGUCUGCCGAAGGGAGACGGCCGGCUUCGCACAUAUGCUGUGGGAUUGUAUCAAGUACCCGGAAGAAUCAAAGUCUGGGAGCAUCCCGCUGCGACUUGAAGCAGCCGCAGGGAGCGAUAAUCAAGAACAACAACUCUGGGCCGUCCAGCAGGUCAUCGGGGCGCUGGCCCGGCAGGGACCCAGCGCCCAGAAGACGAUGUAGGCCCCGUCCGGAGCGCGCGCGCAAGCGCGCGUUUUACUGCAGGCUAAAAUAAAGUUUACC